UUGAUAUGGCGCCGAGUGCUGAGGUAAACUGAGUGUCUAGCUGGAUAAAUUCUGAAUUAAUACCUUAUUUUGAGAAUUAGAUGUUUCCUUUUGUUACAGAGCUUCACAACUUUUCAAUCUUCGUGUGUGAACAUUACUUUAACGUGUGUUGUCAUGAACAACAUGGAUGAUAAAGCACAAAGAAACACAAUUGUAUUCAAUGCCUGUAAAAGUGAAGUGUUCACACCCAGCAAUGGGUUAAAGACUCUCAACAGACGACUUAGGUCAACAUGGAAGAUUGUAAGCAACAAAGAAGAAGUGACGCUGGACAGACUUGCUGGUGCAAGCAUGUUUGUGUUAUGUGGCAGUCGAGAAAAGUUCACUGGAGGAGAGUUUGAUGUGAUGAAGAAAUACAUGCAGAAUGGUGGCAGUCUUCUUGUCAUGUUGGGAGAAGGAGGGGAAUCCAGGUUUGACACAAACAUCAACUUCCUUCUAGAAGAGUUUGGAGUUAUGAUAAAUACAGAUUCUGUUGUAAGAACAUCAUAUUACAAAUAUUUCCACCCGAAAGAAGCCUUAAUAGCCAAUGGUGUACUUAACAGAGCUGUCAGUCAUGCUGCAGGAAAAACAUUUUCAGCGACAGAAGAUGAAGAAAAUAAUGCACAGGCACUGUCAUUUCUGUACCCCUAUGGAGCCACAUUAAAUGUGAUGAAGCCGUCCGUGGCUGUCCUCUCGACAGGCAGUGUGUCCUUUCCCCUCAACAGACCUGUGUGUAGCCUCUACCAUUCAAAGGGAAAUGGAAAGCUUGCAGUAGUAGGAUCAACACAUAUUUUCAGUGAUGGUUACUUAGAUAAAGAAGAGAACACAAAAAUCCUGGAUGUACUGAUUCGGUUCCUGACAACAGAUGACAUUCGACUGAACCCAAUUGAUGCAGAAGAUCCAGAGAUAUCUGACUACAACAUGUUACCAGAUGUAGCAAGAUUAGCAGGAGACUUGAAGACAUGCUUACAGGAGAGCGACGACGUCCCUAGAGACAUCACAUCAUUAUUUGAUAACUCACUUUUUAAACUGGACACAAGUCUUGUUCCAAAGGCCAUAAAAGCUUUUACAGAAUUACAUACAAAGCAUGAGCCUUUGACGUUAAUCACACCUUCAUUUGAGACUCCAUUGCCGCCACUUAACCCAGCUGUGUUUCCUCCUACUUUCCGAGAAUGCCCACCUCCCUGCUUAGAUCUGUUCGAUUUGGAUGAACAGUUUUCAUCAGAAAAAGUCAGACUGGCUCAGCAAACCAACAAAUGUACAGACGAUGACCUGGAGUACUAUGUACGGGAGUGUGGAGACAUAUUGGGAGUGACCACACGAUUACCAGCAGAUACACGUGAUGCCAAACAUAUCCUGGAGUACAUCUUUGCACAAGUAGUGGAAUUCAAGAAACUCAACCAGGAUCAGGACUAUGACCAGGGCACAGUACAGUAUGGAGGAGAUGGGGCUGGCGCGGACGCACUUGUUCUUUAACGGCAGAUAUGAUUCGUGAUUCAGUAUUACUGCACUGACUGGUCUUGCAAUACUUCAACUGAGUUGUGAAGUAACUGUGAUAAUAUCUUUUACGGGAGACUUGUUGACAUCACCACUAGAACAACUUUCAUGUAAAGAUAUAUGUUGAAAUAUAAAUAUCUUGAAUGUGUUUCUUAUAUCAGUAGUUGUGAUGGACCUUUGUGUACUCUUGUGACAUAGAAAAAAUGUUACAAAUUUCAUUAGUUUGAAAUUAAAUUUUCUGUAAUAUUGAGCCUAGAUUAUGGUGAUAUCAGUGAUGAACAAUUUCACAUCUGAAGUACUAACCCAAAGGCAGAUUUAAAAAGAUUCUGCUACUUUUACUUUAUAUUGAAAGUUGUUAAUAGCCUUGUUCUGGAUGUUUGGCUUGUAGAAUUGUCCACUCCUGUGGUUCAAGGUGACAUAUCCACUUCCCAUAGACCAUAAUGCAUUCAUUGCAUUCAUGGUUGGAAUGGUUUUCAUUUGGGAAUAAAUUACAUAUCGUUUGGCAUAGAUGAUAUUGCAGCAAAUUGGUGGAGUCUUUUUUGGGAGUACAAGGAGAGUUGGGAGAUCAUGCCGUGUGAAUCUGCUAUGGCCAAGUGAUGUCCUCAAGAGAAUUCCAGUUUGAUUAUAAAUGUUAUUGCAAAAUAGAAAUAUUUGUAGUGUAUAAUCAGGCCUAGCAUCAGAUGCUGUUGCUCUAUAGUAAUCAUUGUGUUGACCAUCUGCCUUUCCGUCCAAUCAUUCAUUUUCUGAGAUUAUCUCGGAAUCCAGAAAUCUAAAAUUCCUGAUGAUUCACAGUUGUUAUGUUAUAUACAGAUGAACGGAGGGAG